AUGACGUCGUCCGACGUGGUUCUUAAAAAUCCUCCAUGCUUUCGCUCAGGUCUCAUGUGGGGCAUCAGUGUCGGUGCAAUCAUUGGCGCACAUCGCUAUCGUACUACGAAACUCAUUCGUCAGUCCUGUGACGGGGCGAUCCUUGCUUUUGGACUCGUCGGAACUGGCAGCUGGUUGUUCUGUUCUACUGCGUAUCGUACACGAGCGCGACAGACACGCGAGUUUAUGGAAAUUAUGAAUAAUCCCGAGCGAAAAAUCGAAGCGGAACAAUUUUUACGUUCUCGAGUUCACACUCGAUCAUCUGACGACGAAGUAGCACGAGUCAAAAGUCACACGGUGGAAAAAGAAGAAGAAUAA